CGUAGAUUAACCGAAUGGUGGCAGCGGGUUCGCUUGUUGCACGUUUAGCAAGACAGGCAGAACCUUCACUUCAGUUGCAGAAUGAAGGAAACGCCACUGUCAAAUUGUGAGCGGGAUUUCUUGCUCAAAGCUAUUGAAGAGAAAAAGCGACUUGAUGGAAGAGGAACAUAUGACUACAGGAAACUUAAGAUCACGUUUGGGACCGACUUUGGAAGCUGUUUUGUUGAGCUUGGUAAAACAAGGGUCAUGGCCCAGGUGUCCUGUGAGUUGGUGGCUCCAAAAGACAACCGACCUACUGAAGGAAUCCUGUUCUUCAAUAUAGAACUGUCCCCUAUGGCUUCCCCAGGCUUUGAGCAGGGAAGGCAGUCUGAGUUGUCUGUGAAGCUAAACAGACAGUUGGAGCGAUGUUUAAGAAACUCAAAGUGCAUUGACACGGAAUCCCUGUGUGUCGUGUCUGGAGAAAAGGUGUGGCAAAUCAGGGUGGAUGUUCACACAUUAAACCAUGAUGGGAAUAUAAUGGAUGCUGCCAGUAUUGCAGCAAUCUCAGCACUGUGUCACUUCAAACGACCGGAUGUCUCCAUCCUUGGAGAUGAUGUGACUGUGUACAGUGUGGAGGAAAGAGAACCCAUCCCCCUUAGUAUCUACCACAUGCCAAUCAGUGUCAGCUUCUCCUUCUUCAAACAAGGGAAUUUCCUCCUGGUUGACCCCAUUGAACGAGAGGAGCGGGUGAUGGACGGACUGCUAGUGAUCGCCAUGAACAAACACAGAGAAAUCUGCUCCAUCCAGUCCAGUGGCGGCAUCAUGUUACUGAGAGAGCAGGUAAUGAGAUGCAGUAAAAUAGCAAGUGUCAAGGUCUCUGAGAUCACUGAACUGAUCACCAAAGCUAUGGAGAACGACAAGGCCGCCCGGAAAGCUGGUGGUCGAUGUGGAUUUGCAGAGUCGAUGACUCAGGAGCGAAUCACGGCCCUGAAAAUGCAGGAAACCCCUGUAGAGACGACGGAGGUGUCUGCGACGGCUGACAGUAUUGUCCAGAAGGCCAAGGCAGCCCCUCAGAUUCCCAUUGGUGUCCCAUCUCCGGUGGUGCUCGUCCCGGGUGUAGGCCAGGUGGGCCAGAGGCUGCAGAACAGCUGGGGACUACAGGAUGAGGAAUGUGAAGAGGAAGAUGGAAACAGUGAUGAAGAUGAUGAGAACAUUGUGGAGGAACAGAAAAGCACUCCGAAGAUGAGAGUAGCAGGGGAUGUUGUUGAGAUAUCUGACAGUGAGGAAGAAGACGUUGUCAUUUUGCACCCUGAGUCUCACGCCAAAGAUUCCAGCCACUGCGAGAAGGCGACAUCCAAAAAGAAAAAAUAAAGCCUGGAAACCUGCCA